UAUCGUGACGUAGGGACUAAACACGAAGAAGAACCGUCACCCCAGCAGCAAAGAUGGUGAAUGACAAGAGUCCUUUAGGCCAGUUGAAAGACUUGGUGGAACUGAAGGAUCAGCUUGAGGACAUCCAGAAACGUAUGGAAGAUGAGAUCCAGGCCGGAGUUCCUGCUGGUGGCAGUCUACUGGCUUCCCCUUUUUUGAAGGGCUUCCUGGCUGGAUACCUGGUGGCCAGGUUCCGCUCGUCAGCGCUGCUGGGCGCUGUUGUUGGGACGUGCACAGGAAUCUACGCUGCGCAGAACUAUAAGAUUCCUAAUGUGGAGAAUACGGUAAAAGACUACAUCAGCAGCUUGAGAGGAGGACGCCAAUGACAGAGAAUAAUAAAGGUGUAUACGAUCUGUGUUUUGUUCAGCCCCUUCUAGUCAACUAUUGUUUCUUGGUUGCACUGUUUUGGGACGAUCAAUCUGUACUGGUCUAUCACUUUUUUGUGUAGUUAUGCAGGAAUAUGUGGAUCCACAGGUGUUUAUUAUAGGUCAACAUACAAAAAAAACCUUUUUUUUUCAUUUUUGUGUCUGUAAUAAUCUAUCUAAAAUGUUUACAUUAUGCAAACUGAAUCUGCCCAAGUAUAAAAAAUGUUGCUGAUACUUAUAUAAGUGCCUUCUUUGGUGUGCUGUGCAAUAGCCUUUCUUGUUGGGAUUUGUUUGCUCAUUUUAAUAUGCUGGAAUUUUCAGAUUAAAUGCAAUUUUUGUCUCCAUUUUUGACUGGAAAGCACCAGGAAAAUAUUUUGUCCUUAGAAUUAUUCCUUUGCAAUUUUUGGUUUUGCAUGCUUGCCUUUUCUUAUAGAAAUUUUUGUUCAUAUUUAUGAAUCACCUCGGGGAUCAGUAUAUAUUUUGGAAUAAAUGCGAAGCUGGUUAGUUAAUUGUGUUGCAUCUCAUUUUUGUCAAUUAAACAUGUUAUAUCAAUAU